UAGGAAGUUGCAGUAAAAACAUUGAUGUGUUGGCAUUCUGGAGAAAUUUGGAGCAAAGUACAAUAAAAGUGUCACACUUCAGUCGUCCCGUGUGUCCACCUGCAGCAGACAGGCGUUUCGAAAUGCAGAAACACAUCUACUAAGCUGCAUUUACUCUCGUUUCUCAGGAACCGUACAGAAGAAGGAGAAUGGGGAAGAAGGAUGCCAGUACAACCAGGUUGCCAGUCGAUCAGUACCGAAAACAGAUCGGUAAACAGGACUACAAGAAGACAAAGUCAGUCCUGAAGGCCACACGGCUGAAAGCUGAAGCAAAGAAGACUUCCUCUGGAUUCAAGGAUGCGUUCCUGGUCAUUGCUGCUAUCCUGUUCUUCGUCCUCUGUGUCUACGCCUUCUUCUACCUCAACCUGAGCACAGAGAUCAACCUGGAUGUGGAUGUGGAUUAAUGAUGGCUGGUCACUGGACCGACACCAUUCUGGUUUUUAUACCUGAGGUCGAGAGCGGAUGAAGAAUGAAUUCAAGAAGUUCAAUGACUUUUGUCAUGAAGCCCCAACGACGCUAAAGUCCCGCACUUAGGUUUGUCCACACAAUCUAUCAGCCUUAAAAAAAAAAAAAACUCUUUUGGUCUCUUCAGAAGAAACGACACAAUGAAACCAACAACUGAAGAGUCAGGCCGUUUCUAAAAGUGCGGUGUUUUCUUAACAAGACUUUACGCUUUGAUUUACUUCUUCCAUCCUGCGUUGAAUAUGAGAUGAAACUACGACCAAUCAUUUUAUACUCACUCUUAUUAUUCUAUAGUUUUACAUUCAGGAAUAUUCCAAUAACAAAAAAACAAACAAAAUAAAUAUCUCUGCCAAAGGCAUAGAUGCAGACUGUAUCAGAGAGAACAACAAACAAGGCACAAAACAAUAACACAGUUUUUCUUCCCCUGACAGUACCUUAAAUAUAAUAUGGCUGCAAAUAAAAACAACAAUUUAAGAGCGCCAAAACAAGACUGAUUUAAGCCCAAUUAUCAUGUGACAAAAACAAACAAUGCUUUUUGAGCAGAAAGUGUGAUGUUAGUCAAAGCUAGGAAAGUCUUAUUGACUACAUUAGUUUGUAUGUGUUUCUAUAAUACUGGUAUCAGAUGGGCUCUUGAAGAGAGAACAUCUCUAGAUAAAUGAUAACUUCUUAUUUAACUCGCAGCCUACAUCGGCUUCUCUUUCACAAAAAAGUCAGUGACAGAGUUGUAUCUGUGCAGCGCUGAUACAACAGUUUUUAAAGCGAUAGGAGGCUUAUAGAAUUACGUCAUAUAGUGGUCCACUUCAUUGUUUGAGCAUCCUUGUUACAUCUCCCGCGGACUGUACUGGUUGGUAUACUCAAAUCGUGCCUGAGACAACCUCUUCAUGUCGACUUGGGAACAGAACCUGAGUACGGUAAGUUUGUGUUCCCACUGUUUAAAUGAACCCAACUUUGAGGUCAAGCCUAAUCUGAUCCGGCCCGGGUCCCUGGAGUGAAACAAACUUAAAAUUCUGUUUGUAAUAAAAUUUCCAUCCAGCGAAUAGCCUCUUUUCACUCGAGCCUUCCAAACUCAGGUCAAAGCGAUGUUCUGUUUUAAUCGUAUUCUGCGCCGUCCUGUCCCGCUGUUGUCUCCACUAAUAGAAAAAUGUAAAUCUCCUGCUGAACCUCUUGUCGCAUCAAGGCAAACACUCUCCUCACAUUCCAGUGCACAAACCUCUCCUGGUGGAUAUCUGCAGAUCACUAAGUGUGAGAUUAGAAUCCACAAAGCCCUCGCCCUGAUUGAACAUGUGUGCAGAAUACAGAACAACACUUUCUACCUGCGGCACAUACAUGCAGCACAGAGGCGGGAUUAGCAUGACAAA